UUGAAAUAAAAUAUUGUAUUUAAAAUUUUGUUACGAAAAAUUUGAUGCGUUUAGUUACAUUGUGUGUGUGGUUUAAUAUAUUAUCAUUAAAGAGUUCGUUAAGAAUUUAUGUUACAUUUUUCAUUGCCUCCUAACUAUGUAUGUGUAUAUUUAGCUUUAAGGUAUUGUAAAAAAUUUUGAGUAGUUCGUUAUUUUUUGAUUUAUUUGUUUUCUGUUUUGUUGUUUAUUCAUUUUAGUUUUCGUUAAGUUUGUCGUCUGUGGAGCGCGUUUUUCGUGUUGCCGAUUGCUCAGGAAAUCGUCUCGAAAUCGGAGCUAUAACAACCUGAUCGCCUCGUGUUAGCUGGCCAAAUGUGUAUAAUUUCUGGUUUAGCAGCAGUGACUAAGAAUACACUAAAAUUGGUCAAGCGCGUGGAACGGAACUGGUUUGCCACGGAGCUGACUCGGCAGUUUAUCAAAUGUUCCCGCUAGAUGGCGUCUCCGAAAUGCGUCACAGCGCUCAACAGUGGCGCAACUGUGCGGCGUGCGUUCAACAGUUGAAUUAUUUAAUAAAUGGCUUCGCGUUGAUUUUUGCGAGCCAAAUGUGUUUAUUAUAAAUAAAAGAAAGACCAAAAUGGAUGAUGAAAAUGUAUCACGAACAAAAUAGCUGGACAUUAUCAUGACGAAUACCUUGUGGACGCCGCGCUCUGUGCUGCUGCUCGCAGCUCUACUCUUUGCCACAGCGAAUGCCGCGGCUGCCGCUUCGAGUGCCUCAUUAGCAGCCAGUAGGGAGUCCGGGCUGCCGGCUCAAAGUGUGCUGGCCCUGGUGCCGGCAGCAGCACGCGGCAGUUUUCUGCUCUACCAAUUAGCAACGGCCAUAAAUUCUGGCGACUACCCCUGGCUGGAGCUGGAGCAGGAGCAGGAGCAGGAGUUACUUGUAGAACAGGAAAUCGACUCCGGCUGGCUGGCCGCAAUGGCAAAUGAAUUUCAGAAUGUGCCCGUUUCUGAAAACUUUCCGUUGCAAUUGCAAACCUGGCUAAUGGAUAGCUACGGCCUGAGCGCCGUCGAUGUCUAUCGGAGCUGGCCCACGGCUCGAUCUGGCCGUGCCCGGCAGCUGACCUGCAAUGCACUCGGCGUGUGCCAUGAGUUGGCCCAAAUUGUAGACGCAUGUUGUCCAUUUUGAGCAACGCGGCGGGGGUGUGGCAAAUAAACGCAUUUAAAAUCGUUCAGAGUA